AUGGUGAUUGUGCGUCUUGAGGGCAGGGCGCCAGGUUUUCGCGUUGUCGGCCGCGAUCUCCACCACUUGUGUCUGCUUAUCGCACACAGGAACCGCACUGGCCAGACAACGCCCGGCCCUUGUGGCGAAAAGAUUCUGCAGUUCUUGGCGGUAAGGAAUCCCAGCAAAUGCCCACUGGCUGCGACCUCCCGAUGGACCUGGGCCAUUUCUUCCAGCGGGCGACUCGCUUGUUUCGGUGCGGCUGUGGACCAUGGUGUGCCGCAAAACAUGGUGAGUCCUGUGUCCUGCAUUUCUGCAGGGUUAGCCCACACGUGUGUCUUGACACAAUCUGGAGAGCUCUCAUGUUAUGGGGACAAUACUGUCGGACAAUGCAAUAUACCAGCAAAUGUCGGGCGAGUCGUUGCAGUCGCUGCUGGAUUCUACCACACCGCCGCAGUGAAGGCAUGCGGAGAGCUUAUUUGCUUUGGAGCGCCUUCGAGUUGCAACGUCCCACCGGGCCUGGGUCCGGUUACAGCCGUGGCUGCUGGGCAACAGCACACGUGCGUAGUUACCACGAAUGGCCAGUUGGCUUGCUUUGGUGGUAACAGUCGCGGGCAGUGCGAGGUGCCUCCGAAUUUGGGCAACGUGGUUGCUGUCGCUGCCGGGCUGAGUCAUACCUGCGCUGUGCAGGCAGAUGGCUCCCUGGUAUGCUUUGGACAGAACGAGCAUGGCCAAUGCGACGUGCCGGCUAACCUUGGCCCGGUCACUGCGGUGGCUGCAGGAUUCGCCCAUACCUGUGCGCUCAAAGCCUCGGGCGAACUGGUGUGCUUCGGCCGCUCUGACUCUGGCCAAUGCAGCGUGCCAGCUGGUCUGGAUGCGGUAGUCGCGGUGGCCGCAGGUCCGCAUCACACCUGCGCGAUGACUUCUCAUGGCUAUGUGGUAUGCUUUGGGGACAACCGCUUUGGCCAGUGCAAUGUGCCAGCAGAGUUCAGACUCUAUGCGUGA